UUUUCUAAUAUUUUAUAGACUGAAAAUAAACUUAGCAGAGUAGCAAGUAAUGACCAUUUGACUUUAUUCCGUCUUUGUGUCAGUUUAACGUGAAGACCAUCGUUGAGCUAACCAAAUACAUGCCCUGCUGAACAAAUAAUACUGCAAUAUGUAGAAUAUAAUUCCUGAAGCAAGCAAGGUAAGAUGGGGAUUUCAUUUUAAUUUUGACCCGUGCAACGAUAGUUCAGUCGGAACUUAGUUAAAGAAUCAAUCCCAAGUUUUCAUUUCCAAGUACAACUGGCGAACAAAGAAGAAUGGGUCUGGGGUGCUGGCUGCUGGUGCAGCUGGUGCAGCUGGUGGCAGCUGGGAAGUAUCCCAGCUUUCAGGUGGCGAUGAACGACAUCGACUUCGUCGCGCCUGACGUGGCGUACGUCGGGGACUCGCUGUGUGAAUGCCGUGCAAAAUGCCUGGUGCAGGAGCAGUGCACAGCGGCGACGUACGAAAAGCUCUCGUCUACGUGCAGCCUGUCGUACGCAAGUCAAUGCGAGACCGAAGUACAGAACAAGACCGGCGUCGUGGGGCUCUUCAAGUACGACACGGUCAUCAGGGACGUGUUCAUCAGCAAGGCCCGCACAAGUAACGGGUCUCCGGCGCAGCUGCAGCAGCUGUGCAGGGCAGAGGGCGGCGAGCCUCUCGUCAUCAAGACGAAGCAAGUCAGAGACAAGGCCCUGCAGCUCGUCUUAGAGUCCGGCGUGGUUAGCACGCCUUACCCCAACAAAGUUGCGUGGAUCAGCGCGUACAAAGCAAGCACCACCUACGCCUGGCCUGACGGUUCCUCCGUCACCAACUGCGCGUCUGCAGUCGCAGAUCUUAACGCUUCUCACAAUAACGAUGGCCCAGCAACGAUGCUGGCUGCGGGAAACGUAAUUUUGCGCACGUCCGCGGGGAAAGUUGUCCUUUUUCCGGUACUCUGCCACAGAUAUUAGGUUGACCUUGAGCUGUGUUGUCUUGUAGUGAGGAGGUAUCAUUUUCACUUGGUGGUCUUUUAUUAUUGUGAGUAUGUGUUCCCUUCACUUGCUAGUCAUCGAUUAUUGUGAGAAGGUAUCCCCCUCACACGCUAGCCAUCGAUUACUGUGAAGAGGUAUCCCCCUCACACGCCAGCCAUCGAUUACUGUGAAGAGGUAUCUCCCUCACACGGUCACACGCUAUUCAUCGCUUGUUGUGAGGAGGUAUCCAACUCACACUCUUGUCAUCGAUUACUGUGAAGAGGUAUCUCCCUCAAACGCUAGUCAUAUAUUCUUAUCAAUGAACAGAGUAGAAGUUUGCACAAUCAAUCUUUGCAUGGUCAGAGCGGACGAUGAUAAUCCGUUGAAAGUGAACUCGUGUAUCGCAAUCCUACUUGCCAGCUGUAUUCGAUAUGGUAGUCCAGUAUUGGUACUUAGAAGGAUCGUUAGUAUUUAUUGUUAUUUCGUGUUAAAAUUAAGAGCACACGCCU